ACACAAUGGUGGCUGAUUGCAAUGUGCAUACUGCUUACAUUGUUCAUAUUUGAUUGAAAACUACACAAUUGAUUAACAAUACUUCUAAAGUAUCAAAAGAUUUGGUGAUUCACUGUCUCAUUUUCUGGGAAGGUUAUAUAAUGUUUAAGCUGUGAGUUCAAAAAAUCAUUUAAUUUAUCUUUUUUAACCUGUACACACAUGUUACUCAAUUAUUAUUUCUAUGUUUUGUUGUAAACGAACAAGCUUUUUAUUAAUAUUAUAACGAACGAUUAUAAUAUUGUUACAUUUUCCAGUAAAUAUAUCAGAUUGAACUGAUUUUCAUUGUAAAUAUUGGGAAAUUGGCAGCUUCUCAUGAGAGGAUAAAACACUUGUGCUUCAAGUCUCUACCCAUAUAAUAAGAAUUUGUUCAAUAAAAUUAAUUAUAUUUCACUAUAAUUAUUGUUCUUAGUUUGUUCACUCGAGAUAAGAUUUAAUGAUUAUUAUAAUCAGUGAACUCAUAUUCUUCAUGCAAGAGAUGGGUAGAAUUCUUAAUGAGUUCUUUCUCCAUUCGAUAAUUCCAUUUCAAAAAAGGCAAGUAAAUUGUGCAUCAUACAUUCUAAUACUGAUUUUAAUAUCACUAACAAUAAUGGAGGCCAAAGGGGAAGAUUCCCAGGGUAAAAAACCGGACGUAACUGAAAGUCUACCACCUUCGUCAACAGUGAUGGGCACUUUCAAGCAAGCAGCGGUUGUCAGUAACGGCAAACCAUGCGCUGCGAUCGGCAAGAAUAUACUGCAAAUGGGAGGUAACGCAAUAGAAGCAGCUAUUGCCACUAUGCUAUGUGACGGAGUGGUAUGCUUCGAGAGUAUGGGAAUUGGUGGAGGCUUCCUAAUGACUAUUUACCGGGAAAGUGAGGGCAAAGCCUAUGUCCUCAAUGCAAGAGAAACAGCUCCUGCUAAAGCCACGGAGGAUAUGUACAAAGGCAACAAAACUGCUUCAGAAUUUGAAUUUAGAUAUUUUCAAGAAGCUUUCAAUAAAUUUGGCAGUGGUAAAGUGACUUGGGAACAGCUAUUCGAGCCGACAAUAAAGCUUUGCGAGGAAGGGUUUGCAGUAAGCCAGCACAUGGAGAUGAGUAUUAAGACGUCCAAAGAUCUGAUCUUGAAGAGUCCCGCACUCAAAGAAAUAUUGGUGAACGAUAAAGGAGAAUUUUUGAAACUGAAUGACACAGUCAAACUGCCCAAGUUAGCUGAAACUCUCCGAACUAUUUCGAAGUCACAGUCGAAAGCUGAAGAAUUCUAUAAUGGAUGCCUGACCAAGGGUUUCGUGGAUGACAUACAGGCGGAUGGUGGAAUAAUAACAAUGGAUGAUAUGAAAAACUAUCAAGUUUAUUGGCAAGAGCCGUCGCAAAACGAAAUCGGCAGCAAUUUGACAUUUUUUUCGACUCCACUGCCCGGCUCUGGGCUACUCCUGAAUUUCAUAAUGGAGGUGCUGGAUGAUGGAUUUUUGAACUCCAACUCUUUAGAUGAUCCAAAAGCCGUUCACAGAGUGGUGGAGGCUUUCAAACACGCAUUUGGAAUGCGCAGUAACUUAGGCGAUCCACGAUUCACUAACCAAACACAGGAGUCAAACAUAUUGUUAGAUGCCAAUUUCAUCAAGACUAUACGAGGGAAGAUCAGAGACAACUGGACAUCAACAAAUGUCUCCUAUUAUGGAGCUGAUUUCGACACAAAAAGUGACCACGGAACCGCUAACAUUGUCGUUCUGUCAGCUAAUGGAGAUGCAGUAUCUGUAACCAGCACUGUUAACUUACUAUUUGGAGGCAAGUUUGUCUCGAAAUCAACUGGAAUACUUUUGAACAAUGAGAUGGACGAUUUCUCGGCACCACACAUCACGAAUUUCUUUGGAGUUCCGCCCUCACCGGCAAAUUUCAUAAAACCGGGCAAGACGCCAUUAUCAUCCAUGUCACCUACGAUUGCCAUCGACAAAAAAUCGAAAAAAGUUGUGCUUGUCGUUGGAGCUGCUGGUGGAACCAGGAUUCUAACAUCGACAACUUGGGUAUCGAUUCUUACAAUAUAUCUUGGUAAAUCGAUUAAGCAAGCCAUUGAUAUGCCAAGGAUUCACCAUCAGCUGCUUCCCAUGGUUGUUUCCUACGAAUAUGGAACUCUCAAGUCGACAGUAGAAGCCCUACAGAAAAUCGGACACAACACGACAAGAGAGGACAGAAAUUCAGGAGUUACUGGGAUAUUGCGCACAUCGGGUAUAAUUGAAGCGAACGCUGAUAUCAUUAAAAACGGGGCUUGUGAUGGUUUCUGAAUCAACAACCAUUUUGCGGCACAAUUAUUCAGUAUUGCAGAGUCGAAUAGUUUGAUCUAUCAAUAAUCCAGAGCCUAUCUAUGUACACUAUUCUACUCUAUACAAGUGCAAUUAUCAGUAGCUGAAUUAAGCAAGCACAUAUUAUUGAUCAUCUGUUAAUGAAGAAUCUUUAUGCAAAAUUUCAAAUCAAUCAGUCCAAUAGUUCA